CGGAAGGGAAGGAUCCUCUAGGCAUCGCCGAAAGAGCCAUAGAACCGGUGCAAAGAUUAAGAAGAGUUGGCACCGGGGACCCCGUGAUCAACAAGGUAGAGUACAGAGGGAGGACGGAAGUUCCAAGGGUAGCCCACGGGAGAACUUAGACCAUCCCUACCUGGGCCUAUCGACUACUCUAUGUUGACGACGAGACCAUGAGGAGAGUCCGAUUGAGGGGUCAAGUGAUAGAAAAAUUUCCUCUGGGUGAAGAAAGAGGUCACGAGCUAUUCAACCAGUGCUGGGAGUCGAGAAAGGACACCGACUUCGAGUGGUGGGCCUGCGUUGGAGAGUUCAUCAAGCCCCUGUUCUCCGGGCAAGUUGGUGAUGUGGAUAGGGAUUUGAUUAGGAGGUGUGCGCAAGAAGGGGUUAGGGGCAUCUCGGACCUGGAGAUCGCAAAUCUUGCAUUGACCGCUAGCGAGGAGAAGAAACUGAGAGAUUCCUGGUGGACAGUAACCAGUGAGGAGUCGGGAGGAGAAAGUGCUAACGAGGACUCUAGUGAAGAGAAGGGGGGAUCAGAGGAAGAAGAGAACUCGGAAGACACCGCGGACAGUAGAGAGGGGGACGAGCCGGAAGGGGUCGCUGAAGCCGCAAGAGGCGUUCCGGUGGAAUCUCGGUGGGCGGACCUAAUGGAUGCAAAAGCAAGGUUAGAGGAAGCGCGAGAAUUUCCUAGAGAUAGACAGGGGUAUCGACCACUUAGGAGGGGGGAAGAGGAGUGUCAGGACAGGAGGGACUUAAGAGAAGGGAGGUCAGUAGAGGCCGGCGGCAGGCCGCGGAGAUGGGUCGAACGGGGCCCGGAGGUCGUCACCGGUGAGAGGUGCGUGAUGUUCAUGCUCCACCUGCCCGAGGAAAAGAGGAAAGAGGUCCUUGAGAAGGCCCCGAGGGAUUCUGCAAAUUUCGAGAAAGUCGCCGAAGUGGUUUUCACAGGGGGAGGGGUAGACGUGAGGGAAUACAUGAAAGAAACCUUGGACAUGUCUCUCAGCAACAUGCGAGACACGGUAGCCCCCCUUAGGAGGACCCUGAUGCAGCCUAUGCAGUGCACACUUUUGGAAUAUCUAGCUGCCAGCAAAAGCGCCAAGGAAGAACUCCUAAGCAUCACAAGGAAGGUAAGAGUCCCGCUCGCAGGGGGGCCCACGGUGCCGGUAGAGGGUCCAGCCAAGGAAGAGGUUCAUACCUCCCUUAUUAUCAUGGAAGAACUACCUGCUAACUUCUUCUCGGGAGAAGAGGCCAAGAAAUUCUAUGCGUUAGGGAGCGGCCAGCUCCAGGCAGUGGUAAGUGGGAAGAAAAUGAGGGCUCUAGUAGACAACGGGUCCGAGUCUACGGUGUGUAGGGACUCCAUCGCGCGGGAGCUGGGAUUGGAGAUAGAUCGAGGGGUAUCGAUGUCAAUGGUAGUGGAUGAUAACAAGCUGCAACCGGCGGAAGGGGUGUGUCAUAGCCCCGUGAUUGAGGUCGCUAGCGUAGAGGCCACGGUCCCGAUCUUUUCAGUAAAAGAGUGCUCCUCCGAAUUGAUCCUUGGGAGGACCUGGCUGAGCGCAGUACACGCAACCACGGUCGAUUUGUCGGAUGGAAGUCAGACCCUCUCGAUCCAAAGUCCUGAUGGAAUCCGAGUGGUCCUAAAGACCGUGGACGCGCAGGAUGAACGUAACCGGACCAGCAUUGCUAGACGCAAGGUGAGCCAGUCAAGGGUGUGCCGAGUCCGUCUGGCGGAGGUGCCCUUGGCGGAUAGGGGACCCAAGGGGGACCAAUUGGAGAUCGAGGACGUGGGGGACAGGAUUAUAAUUAACAGUAUGGGGUACGAGAAGGAGGACGAGGAGGAGGAGUUCGGUGGAGUCAAGAAACAUAAAACCGUGGCGGAAAAAGUGAAACCUGCCGCGGUCAGCCGGGAUAGAACGGGGGAAGCUACAAUAUCGGAAGAGGAGAUAACCGAUAUCAUCCGGAAGAAGAAAGAGCCGGAAGGGCAAAGGAUAACGGUCGAUAGAUUGGCCAAAAUGGAUAUAAGAGAUGGGAACCUCACGGAGGAAGAGAAGGGGUUCAUAGCAAUGACCCUAAGGGGGUGCGAUAAGGCCAUUGCCUUUGAUGAAUCGGAGAGAGGGAGGAUCGACCCAAGGUACGCUAAGCCGGCACGGAUCCACACGGUCUCGCACGUGCCUUGGAAGGAUAGGCCUCAGUGAAAGUACGCUCAAAAGGAGAAAGAGGAGAUAGUGGCCUUCAUCAAGGAAAAGAUCAGGACGUUCGUCGCGGAGCCUUGCGAG